AUGGCUCAGGCUCUUGGUAAUUUGAACCAACAACCAGAGAUAGAUUGGUUGGAGAGAUUCCAGCGAAAUAAUCCACCAAGCUUCCGUGGGGGUUAUAAUCCUGAUGGAGCUGCUGAUUGGAUUUUUGAAGUGGAAAAGAUAUUCCAAGCUAUGGGAUGUCCUUUGAUACAGAAGAUGACUUUGGCUGCCUUCAUGCUUUCUGGAGAGGCUGGCAUCUGGUGGCAAGGUGCUCUGCAAAGAAUGAUAGCUGGAGGUACCCAAGUGAACUGGGAGAAUUUCAAGCAGCUAUUCUUGGAGAAAUACUUUCCCCGAGAUGUAAGACAUAAGAAACAUGUGGAAUUCCUUGAAUUGAAGCAAGGAGAAGAUUCUGUGGCUAAUUAUGUGACUAAGUUUGAAGACUUGGUUAGAUUCUGCCCUAUGUAUGAUGGUGUGGGCAAUGAGGAGGACAAAUGUGUGAAGUUUUGCCGAGUAUAUGAUGAGGACAACCGUGCUAGGGUAACUCAUUAUAAGAGUGGAGGACCCGUGAGGAAUAAUAAGUUUGGUUCACCUAAUAAGAGUAAACCUUAUACCAAGUCUGAUGGGGACUCAAGUUCUAAGGUGAAUAAUCAAGGUUCUAUGCAACAAAGAAGCCAAGUUCCCACGGUUAGCCAAACUUCUAGAGGAGGAAGUGUGGGUUCUGUUUCACACAACAACUGCUACAAUUGUGGGAAGCUAGGUCAUAGGGCAUAUGAGUGUCCGUUGCCUAGAGAAAUAACGUGCUUCAAAUGUCAAGAGAAGGGACACAGAGCUCGUGAUUGCCCCAAGAACAAGACAACAGAGGUUGGAGGGAGUGUUAGCAAACCUCGAGCGACAGGAAGGGUGUUUGCCUUGAGUGGUGCUGAAGCUUCACAAUCCAAAGACUUAAUCCAGGGAAGGCAGAGAUCCACAGCCAUAGCUAUGGAAAUCUGGGAAUCUGGGAAGGAAUUAGAAAUCCAGAAAGUUGCAACUAUAGUUGUGGAUCUGCAACUAUAG